AUCGUAUCCCCUGCACACAAAAGAUGCCUUACAAUGGACCCAUUGUGUCAAAACCAAAUAAAGUGGGAUAAAAGAGAGUUGUGUGCAAUGCAAGUCUUCCCACCAAGUCAAUGAUUUUACACAAUUUACUAUUGUUGAACUCACUCUUCUACAAUCAAAACCAGGUAUGGGUAAUAUCUUCUCAAUCUCACUUUCACUCGAUCCCAUCAAUACCCGUUGCUCGGAUUGUGCGACUGGACAGGCAAGUUAUAUAUGCAACCUCGAAGAUAACCUCCAUGCUUUACAAGCUGAAGUAGCAGGACUGAAGGAGCUCAGGAGUGAUCUGAUGAGCAGGGUCAGAAUUGCUGAAGAUGAGCAGCAGCUUAAGCGGCUAAACCAAGUUGAGGGUUGGCUUUCGAGGGCUGAAACUCUGAUAAACGAUGCUGAUCAACUGAUUGUCCAAAGUCCUCAGCAUGUUGAAAGUCUAUGUAUGGGAGGUUGUUGCUUCACUCAUCCUAGGUCCAGCAUCAAGUUCGGGAAGCAAAUUGCCAAAAAACUCCAAGAGGUGAAAGACCAGAAGGAGAAUGGAGAUUUCAGUGAUGUGGCCAGCAAGCCACCACUUCCUUCAGCAACUGAAAGACCUAGUGAGCCAACUGUAGGUUUAGAGUCCAAUUUCAACAAGGUUUGGAGCUGUCUUCAAAAGGAACAAGUGGGAAUUAGUGGCAUAUAUGGCUUAGGAGGGGUUGGCAAGACAACCCUCCUAAACCAAAUCAAUAACAAAUUCCAUGAUACUACCCAUGAUUACCAUGUCAUUUGGGCAGUUGCAUCACAAGAUCGGCCAAUUGAGAGAGUCCAGGAUCAAAUUGCCGAAAGAAUAGGCCUUUCUAAUGAAGGUUGGAAAUCUAAGAGCCUUGAUGAGAAAGCUGAAGACAUCUUCAAGGUAUUAUGUAAAAAGAAGUUUGCAUUGUUGUUGGAUGAUAUAUGGGAAUGGUUUGAUCUCACAAGAGCUGGGCUACCUCUUCCAACACAAGAAAAUGGCUCUAAAGUCAUUUUCACAACUCGUCGUCUUGACGUGUGCUGUCAAAUGCAACCGAACAUGGAUAAUAAUAUCAGAGUGGAAUGUUUACCACCUGGAGAAGCUUUCAAAAUGUUCGAGAAGAAGGUUGGAUCAGAAACCCUUCGAAUGCAUCCAGAUAUUUGCAAGUUAGCUGAAGCGGUUGUUGAAGAGUGUGCAGGGCUUCCUCUCGCUCUCAUUACAAUUGGGCGAGCCAUGGCAUCCAAGAAGACCCUUCGAGAAUGGGAAUAUGCCAUAGAAGUUUUAAGGCAAUCAGCAGCUUCUGUGUUGCCAGGGGUAGGGAAAGAGAUGUAUCCCAAGUUAAAAUUCAGUUAUGACUGUUUACCUGAUGAAAGGUUCAGAUCUUGUUUCUUGUAUUGUUCUUUAUAUCCAGAAGAUCAUCUCAUUGAAAAAGACGAACUAGUAUAUUGUUGGAUCGGGGAAGGACUUUUGGACGAGCAUACCACUUUGAGCAGUGCCAGAAACCAGGGACAUUUCAUUAUAGGUUCUCUUAUUGACGCAUGCUUAUUGGAGAAAAAUGAUAAUUACCGUGUAAAGAUGCACGAUGUGAUUCGUGACAUGGCUUUGUGGAUUGCUGGUGAAUCUGAGAAGGAGAAGUUUUUUGUAAAAUCAGGUGUUCAGUUAAAGGAACAACCGAAAGCUAAAAAGUGGGAAGAGGUAACAAGAAUGUCGCUGAUGGGUAAUCAAAUUGAAAAUCUAACUGAGAUACUGGAAUGUCCCAAACUCCAAACUUUGUUUCUUGGCUGGAAUGAUUUGAAGGUAAUCAUGGAUGAUUUCUUUAAUUUCAUGCCGAUGCUAUGGGUUCUGGAUUUGUCCCAUAAUAUGAAGUUGGAAGAAUUGCCAGUAGGAAUUGCAAAGUUGGUUUCACUAGAACAUCUCAAUCUGUCAUUUACAGGAAUAAGAAAGUUGCCAGUCGAAUUGAAGACCCUAGCAAAGUUGAAAUAUUUGAAUCUGGACUGGACACGGAAUCUAGAAAUGAUCCCACAACAAUUGAUAUCCAGUUUCUCCAAGUUGCAAGUGCUGAAAAUGGAGAGGUGUGGCUAUGGAUGUUUAUUGGUUUUGGAGGAAAUGGAGCAUUUAAAAUAUUUGAAUGUGUUGACUCUUACUUUUAAAAGCGCUUCGGAGUUGGAAAAAGCUUCGAGGUUCAACAAGUUCUUUAGCCGUGCCAUUGAAGUUGUAUGCCUUGAAGAUUCCAGAGAUUCAAGAUCAUUGAAUAUUAUGGCUUUAGCAAAACUGCAGCAUCUAUGUAUUUUAAGACUCAGUAGCUGUAGGGAUCUAGAGGAAAUGAAGAUCGAACGUAACAUAAUUGAAGGUGCAGGAUGCUUCCAUAGCCUUCGAACUGUAAGCCUAGUCGAAUGCAAUCAUUUGAGGGAUGUGAGUUGGGUAACUUUUGCUCCACAUUUGAAAGUACUAGUUAUAAUGGAUUGCGAAGGUUUAGAAGAAAUCAUCAGUGAAGAAAAACUUGGUGAAGUCGCUGAGCUAAAAGGAAAUUCAAACUUGUUUUCUAAGCUAGAGAUUUUGUAUCUAUGGGGUUUGCCCAAACUAAAGACUAUAUACCAGCAUGCUUUGCCUUUCCCACAGCUGAAGGAAAUAUACAUUAGACGAUGCCCAAUGUUAAAGAAGCUCCCACUAAACUCCAAUAGUGCAAAAGGACAGAGGCUGGUCAUUGAAGGAUAUGAAGCAUGGUGGAAAGAUGUAGAAUGGGAGGAUGAAUCCACUAAAAAUGCUUUUCUCCCCUCUUUCAGACCUCCUUAAUCUAAAAAAUGUUAGAAAUUAAGUCUUAAAACUAUUAUUGUAUCAUAACAUGUGUCGUUGCAAGUUCUAUUUUGUUAAUCUCUAAAUUACAUGUAGUUUAAUUUUGUAUUUUACACAAAGACGCUAUCCUUUAUAAAAGUCAAAUGUUUGAGUGUGAGAAUAUAUAA